UCCGCAGAUCUGUGGCAGAGCAAGAACUAGAACUAGCAAUGGGCAACAUAUACACAACACAGCCCGAGCUGGUGGAGCAGCUGCAAAAGAAAAUGGACAAGGAGAAAUUCUAUCGGUUCUUUGGCAUACGCAUGGCUAACGAGGGCGAUGGCUACGACCUGGCCGGGGAGCGACGGCACGAGAUACGGCUGGAGCAGGGGCCGCAGGAGCAGCUGGAUGAGUACGGCAAAUCGAUAUCCGUGGCGGAGAGUCGGCCCAUUGGCUCCACGGCCACGCCCGUAUCUUGGCUAGGCGGCCUGUCCCCUGUGGAGCGGCUCGGCAAUCCGGGCACUGUGGCCGAUCUCCAUCGACGCUGCCACGACAUGAUGCCGCAGACAUUCGACGGAUUCCGGCUGAGCGUCAACCGUACGCUGGGCAGCUACCUCACCGUGGGCCACACGCUGCACGCGGGCAACAAGCCGCAGACGAUGGACUGCCAGUUCAACUGCAGCUACCAGGGCGACCAGCAGAGCGAGCUGACCGGCGAGCCCUACCCGAUGCUGAUCAGCGAGGUGGACGCCCGCGGCAACGUGAGCGCCAACCUGAUGCACUUCAUAGCGCCGCGCUGGCGGGCCAAGCUCUCGGCGACCGUCCUGGACUCGAUGGUGCACAACUCGCGGCUGUUCAUUGACUACUUCGGCGAGGACUACAGCUGCACCUGCGUGCUGAGCAACAUCGAUGUGAUGCAGCGCAUGGGCGUCUUUGUCGCCUCGUACCUGCAGCAGGUGACCGCCCAGCUGGCACUGGGCGUGGACAUCAUCUAUCAGCGCGAGGACAUUGUGCCGGGCGGCCAGGCGGCGCUGGUCUCGGCUGUGGCGCGCUACCAGCAGGACAAUCGACAGUGGUCCGGCAUGCUCAGCAUGCACGCCCUGGAGCUCUGCUACACACAGUUCUAUGGCCAGAGCCUGGGCGCCAGCGUUCAGCUGCAGGCGAACAUACUGAAGCGUCAGGCCAUCUCGCGGCUCUGCUACCAUUGUCACAUGCCGGCCGCCGGCUUCAGCUUUCGCGGCGGCAUCGACACGCGCGGCGUCAUCAGCGCCGUCUGCGAGAAGCGGCUCGAGCCGUUGCCCAUUCUGCUGCAGCUCAGCGGCAAGAUGAACCAUCUCAGCAGUCGCUUUCGCUUCGGCGUCGGACUCAUACUCGGCUAGAGCAACCUAGUGCCUGCCUACAGAGAAAUUCCGGGACCCGAAUGGACCACAGC